AUGGAUGAACCUGCAAUGGUCAAUUCAAACGAGCCAAAUAGGAUAACUGAAGUCGAUUUCGAUGCAAUUGAAGAUGAUGAUUCAGAAGAAGGAGAAACUCUCAAAGAAUUCGCAAGUCAGCAAGUCAAAUGUCAAAACUAUAUCCAGUAUUUCAUAUGGAUUCUUGUUGCUAUCAAUGGUGUCAUGUUUUUGUUACCGAAAAAGACGAAUGCGCUUAGUUUGGUAGAAAAUCCGAAUCACGUGAUGCAAAUACUUAUGGAUGAUAUCGUAUAUGACUUGGAAGAUCCAACUGAAAAUUAUGAUAUGUUAAUUUCAAACUUUGAUCAGCUUGUAAAGUUCAUGCAUAGUGAGACCAUGUCCAAAAUAACGCUUGAGUACUCUGAAAAAUAUAAUAUGAUAUCUAGAUUGCAACAAUCUAUCCAAACUUUGGCGUAUUACUGCGGAAUGAAGAAAAACUGGAAACUUGUCCAACAAAUGUUACUAGUUUUGGACGCUUACACAAGGAUUAACGUUGGUUUUGAAUACAAAAAAAAUAUGGUCGGAGACAUUUUGGAAGAUUGCGGAGAUAAUAAUGAUGUGAUUGCAACUUUGUUCAGAGUUUCUCAAACUCAUGCAAUAUCAAGGAACGGACGAUUUUAUAAAGAUUUCGCAAAAGAUAUUUUGAAAAAAUUCGGCAACGAUCAGUACAAUGGACUAUACUUGAACACUCUUGAUCUAUUAUAUGAGAUGGCUGGCUCUAAAAAGCUUCUGAAACGAGAUAAUGAAAAAGUGUGCGAUUUCUUAGGGAACCAUGACCUGCAAAAGACUCCUUCGCGUCAUAGAGAUAUGUACUGUUUCUUGUUGAAUAACAUUUCUUGCGUUCCAUAUGCAAAGAAUUAUUUUUCGGUGAAAACUUUUUGUAGACCAAAUGAGCCUCUAUCAUUUGAAAAUUAA